UCUGGGGCUCAUGAGUCAUAGUCAGCUGACAGGAAACAGACUGAAAGUGAAAGUAAACUGCUGCUACCUUUAGCUGCCUAUAAAAGUGGGUCUGUUCUCGGAGCUUUGUGGAGCACACACUGGACUGGGGAGACACGUCAGAACUGAAAGAUGGACAUCAGUAUCAUUAGAGAUGCUACUGGCGCAUCACAACAGACAGCCAACCAAGACAGACUAGGAUAUGCAGGAGUGCCGGCAUCUCAACAAAUGGCAAAGACUGACUUGGAAAGAAUGAAGAAAUACAAGAACAUGAUUAUGACUGUAGGGCGAGACAAGAAGAUUGACCCAGCUCUCAUCGCAGGGAUCAUCUCCCGAGAAUCACGAGCUGGAAAUGUUUUACAAAAUGGCUGGGGGGACCAUGGUCGUGCCUGGGGGCUGAUGCAGGUUGAUGUGACUCCAGAUGGAGGAAGACAAGAAGUGAGGGGUGACUGGAACAGUGAGGAGCACCUGCGUCACGGCACAGAGAGACUGCUUUAUUUUAUUGGUCGGAUUCGUAACAAAUUUGGAAGCUGGACGGAAGCGCAGCAGCUGAAAGGAGCAAUUGCUGCUUACAACAUGGGGGACGGAAAUGUCCAUAGCUAUGAGAGUGUGGACGCAAGAACAACAGGCAAAGACUACUCCAAUGAUGUUGUGGCCAGGGCUCAGUGGUACAAAGUCAAUCUUUUUGGUUAAGUUAAUGGUCAAUCUGGUUCAACAUUAUAGCCAAAAGUAAAGCAAUAUUUAGAAUAGUAUACAUCUGAAGUUAUGAAUUUGUUUUAUACUGUUCAUUAUAUUAAAACAUAAAAUUAAAGAAAUAACAAUA